AUGCGAUACCGUCAGAGCUUCCGGCUAGGAAUGGACGUCUCGAACGAUGAGGAGGGUAGAAGGUUCAGGUGUUAUACGCACAGCUUGAACGAAUCAGCGAGACUACAGGACCAAGAGCUGAGUGAGUCUUUACGAGGAUAUGCUAGCAAAACUGCUGCACUUGAGUCCCCUGAACUUAAUUCCCUCGCUCAGUCUCAACCUCUGGCCGGUAUGAUUCAACUACACCUUGAGCGUUUCAAGUGUUUGCGUCUGUGCAAGCCUGAUGCUAGAUUAGUAUUUAUUUUUGAUAGCCACUGCCACCACACCAACUGGCGCAAGGGCAGGAUUAAUGAAAACUCCUUAGUCGGUACUUCCAUUUUAUCGUUAGAUACAGGCCCCCACAAGAAGGUUUCGCCAGUUGAUCUGGAUGAUCAGGUCGCUCUUCAGUGGGGCGGCAAAGCAUAG